GCAGGGGCGGGGCCUGCGCGGCGUUACCGCCAAUGGUUGGCAAAGGCCGGACGGUUUUCCUCUUCGCUCGGCCAACCGACGCGCGCCUCGUCCCGGGCAGCCAAUCAGCGGCGCCGGAUCCGGUUUCCGGAGGCUUCUCCGAAGCCCUCGUGCGCGGACGAGCAGGAGACGGGGCCGCACGGGGGCGGGCCGCCCCGCCCCCCCCCAGCCAAUCAGCGCGGCCGGAGCUCGUGAGGCGCUGAGGCGCGGCGCCCGUCCUCUCAUCUGCCCUCCCGCGAUGGCGGCCAAGGAGUGUCGGCGGCUGGACGCGGCGCUGGCGCGGCAGGUGCUAUCCGAGGCGGAGGCGCUCCUCUUCGACUGCGACGGCGUGCUGUGGCGGGGCGAGGCGCCGCUGCCCGGCGCGGCCGAGACGCUGCACCGGCUGGAGGCGCGCGGCGCGAAGCGGCUCUGCUACGUGACCAACAACUCCUCGCGGACGCGCCAGGCCUACACCGAGAAGCUGCGGCGCCUGGGCUUCCCGCCCGCGGAGCCCAGCCAGGUCUUCGGCUCCGCCUACUGCGCCGCGCGCCACCUGAGCCGCGCGCUGCCGCCGGGCGGCGCCGCCUACGUGCUGGGCGGGCCGGCGCUGAGCGCGGAGCUGGAGGCGCUGGGCGUGGCGCACCUGGGCGUCGGCCCCGCCCCCGAGCCCGGCUCCGCCCACUUCGGCGCGCGCGCCCCGCUGGAGCCCGCCGUGCGCGCCGUGCUGGUGGGCUACGACGAGCACUUCGGCUACGGCAAGCUGUGCCUGGCGCUGCGCUACCUGCUCCGCGGGGACAGCGACGGGCGCGGCUGCCUGCUGGUGGGCACCAACCGUGACAACCGCCUCCCGCUGGAGGGCGGCAGCGCCGUGCCCGGGACGGGCUGCCUCGUCAAGGCAGUGGAGACGGCUGCAGAGCGGGAAGCAUUCAUUGUGGGCAAGCCCAGCCGAUUCAUGUUUGAGUGCGUGGCCAGCGAGUUUAAGAUUAACCCUGCGCGCACCAUCAUGGUUGGUGACCGCCUGGACACAGACAUCCUCAUGGGCAACACCUGCGGGCUGACAACCCUCCUCACUCUCACGGGGGUCACAACCCUGGAUGAGGUCAAAGGCCAUCUCAACAGUGACUGUCCUGAGCGCAAAAGCCUGGUCCCUGAUUACUACGUAGAUAGCAUAGCAGACCUCCUCCCUGCUCUCACCGAUUAAGAAAGGGAGGUGUUCCAGCUCUACAGAGAUCUUUCUUCACCCCAAGCCACCCACAGUCUCUUCAGGCUGGUAGUAUUUUCUCAGUUACUACGGUGCACACAAUUGCUGCUUGCAAAAGUAAGAAGAUUUUCAUGCGCAGCAUUUAAAUUGAGUUCUCUGUUUACAGGUUCCUCUUAAAAAUGCACUUUGAAAGAAAGAGAGGGAAGUGUGUGUGUGUGUGUCUAUCGGCUUACGGACACAUCAGCUGUGUCUGGCUGGUGUUCAGGUAUCAGGGUAGAGGCCUGUUCAGCUGAGCAGAAGGGACUGAGCAGGCUUCUGUUUAAACCUUGCACUGUGGUGUUUUGUAAUGCAAUCUUUGGCAAUUCAGGGAAUUGAGCAGUUUAAGGGCAGCUGCUCUGGUAUCUGAGACUUGAUUUUAAGAUUGGUUUUUAUGAUUACUUAGGUUCUGGUUCAAAUAUUUCAGGGGAAUGGAAAUCAUUGUUUAUCCAUUGGUAAUGCUUUUGCUCCUACCCAGUGGCAUUUGCAUUGCUUUAUAUGCAAAACAAGAGUUACACCACCAUGCUUCAUAUAUUUCUCUAGAAAUUCUCUAGAAUUUCUGAUUAUAUCUAUUUUAAAAUAUAUACAUAUAUUGGUCAAGAAGCGUGUAACAAAAGUCCAUUCAGAAAUCGGAUCAUCAGAUUGAAUCAUAUUUGAAUUACUUGAUUAAUGUCAGGAAAGACUGCUGAGUUCAUUUAUCAGUCAGCAAUAGUGGGAAUUUUUCAUGGCAACAGUGAAUUUACUAGCAUUUUGUUCUUCGGGGUCAUAAAGGUUUUUUUUCCUGAAGACAUUUUGAAGUCAGUGUUGAUGAAGCAACUUACAUUAACAUAUUUAAUGCUUCCUGUUGAAAUCUUCUGGGUUGAUGGUGGGACACACAAAAAAUCUUGCAGAUCUGCCUUGGCACUUGCUGAAAACAGGUGUACAGACCAUUUCGCCUUGUCCGUUUGCAGUAAACGUGAUUGCACUUUUCAAGUACUGAAGUAGUUUUCUUCUUGCAGAAUCAGUUGCCAGCUUGUCAUCUUUAAAAUGUACGUAGACAGACAUUUUUUAAGAAAUUGGGGAUCAAGGAAAGAUGCUUCUUUUUUGCUUCAUACAUAUUUCAAACAGUUAUCUUGCCUCGGCAGCAUUUUCAAUAUUGAAGGUGCUUGAAAUUUCUCACUUUUUCAUACAGCAAUAAUUGCGUUGUCUAUAGUGGAAGACAUUCUGUGGUUAUAAAUUAUGUUAAUCUCUCCACCUCUUUCGAAGCGCUAAAAAGUAGAUUAUUACGUCUUCAAAUAAUUUUUCUCUUUUUUUCUUUUAAGUUUAUCAUUUGUAAGUCUAAAGAUUGUUCUUUACUUUUGAUUAUGUAAACUGUGUGAACCAAUUUAAAAAGAAUGGAUCUCUUGGGAGGAUUUGUGCUUGGGCAGUUCCAGAGAGAUUCAGGACCGUGUCAAAUCUACAUUAAAUGUUUAGAUCCUCUGAACAGUUGCUCAGACAUGUUGGCCACAAAGUGGAACCGACCAUCUGCUUUCAUUAUAUCUUCUUAUCAAAGCUGUAUUGUAAAACUCCCAAACAGGCGCUGUAGAACUGUUCCUAACUUCAAUCCAGACCUUGAGUCAUAAUUAAACAUAACUCUUGCUUCCUU